AUGUCGCAGCCUGAAGAGGUGGCCGAAAUCGAGGAUGGAUCCUCGGACGCUAGCUCCGAAACCGACGAUGCAGGAGGCCUUCUCGAUAUCAUGGCCGCCGAGGGCGAGGAAACGGAUGAAAGCGAUCAAGACGACGAUGUAUCAACAGACGGCAAUCGAGCUUCCUUCUCACUCUUCUCACAACUACCCCCUGAGCUGCGACGACGCGUGUGGGAAAUCUUCUGCCCGGACCUCCGCGAGCGCUCAAUCAUCUUCGAGUUCGCCGUGUCCCCCGGAACUGCCAGAUUUGACCACUUGGGCAUGCCAGCAUAUGUCCGUCACUGGACGAUCCGCGAUUGGGUCACCCUUGGUGACCAGACGAAAUCCAUUCGCCAGCUGCUCUCCCUGCACCAAGAGUCUCGCGCCAUUGCCCUCCAACGGUUCCCGGAUGCUUUGAGCAUCGAUGCUGGAUCUGGAGACGCAAUUGUUCGUUUCAACAAGGACAAAGAUGUUGCCUUGAUCAACCAGCUCGGAGGCGCUGAACCUUCGGACAUGUUUCAUCUCACGGGCUUCGCUGAGAACGUCAAGCACGGCGGGAUUGCUGGUUGGGAAAGAGGCGACACGUUCAAGCCCGAAGCCCUCGCCCACCUAUUACAGCCUUUUAGCAUCCUGGAGGCAUUCUUCUUUUGCGCGUCGAGUAGGGCUUGUCGCAUGGCCGACCUCGCCUGGUGUACUUCAGAUCUCAUCCAUCAUCAGUUCCUUGAGCAAACUGUGGAUGAGGAAGAGUUGUUUUUGGUUGAUGCCCAGCAGUUCUUGCACUGCUGGCCCGACAUUUCCAACCACAUAGACUUUGCCCGGUACCAAAUCCCCCAAGAUUUCUUGUUUCCUGUUCCUGAACCGGUUGCGGCUGUUUUACGCCAAAAAGAUGCCAAGAGCUGGCCGAUGGUCGUUUUUGAAAGCAUGCCAGGCAUGAUGCAGUUCGAUACCCUAUUCGCCCCUGAGCCAGAUGGGUAUGAGAGCAACGGUUCAGAUGAAACACGUUCUCAUUCUGAAGCUGAGGAGUCUGGCACGGAUUUGGAUCAGUACGAAAGCGAUGGAAUCGACGAUGAGGAAAUCGUGGAAAUUUACGACGCAUCAGACGACGAGAUUUCCUUGGAUGGUCAGUCCCACGAGGGUGUGCCAAUCGAUGGAGAUGGCUCAGAAGCGCAAUUCUCAAGUCCGGAACCGGAACCCACCAACAGAGUCCGCAAGCGUCGCGUCGUCGAAGAUUCGGAUGAUGACUCGGACGACGCCGAACCUGCGUCGAAACGGCCCAGGACCACUCUUGUCGCUUCUUCUGAUUCAGAAGAUGAUGGUGACGAGGAAACGGAAGAGCGCGCGCCUGUCAAACGCCAGUCUCGUGUGGUUCUCUCCGACUCGGAAUCAGACGAUGAAGAGCAGAUGGAAGGGACCAAGGUUAUGGAGAGCCCGGGAGCAGAUGAAAACGAGCCUUCAAGUGGGGACGACGAUUCGGAUGAAAGCGAGAGCGAAUCGGAUGGCGACGAACAGCCGGCGGUCCCGUUGUCCUUGGCAGAGCGGCUUCGUAUGCAUCGGGAAGUAAACCCCAUCGAAUCGUCUGACGGCGAUGGGAGUGAUGUCGAAGGUAGUCAGGAGGAUGACUCGGAAGAGGAUGAAGGGAGUGAAGAUGAGGGUCAAUCCAGAAAUCCGUUCUUUGCUGACAUGGCCGAGGACGAGGACGAGGAUGAGGAUGAGGAUGAGGACGAUGAGGAAGACAACAACGAGGACAACUUCUAUCAAUUAGAUGAUUAA